UUGGACCCUGUGCGCGCGACGUAUGAGUACAUAGACCGCGUCGAUCGUGACAGGCACCUCUUAGAUAUGUGUUCAACUGACUUCCGACAUACACAAAUAUAAUCUCAAAGUGAAGUCACUUCGUCAGAGAUAUGGCCGUACAUUCUCGGUUUAACGACCCAGAAUCAAGAGCUGCACGGGAACAGCAUAUCCACGAGCUCUUCCAGCAGCUCGAUACACAAAACAAGGGUUAUCUCGAUAAAGAAUCGCUAAGUGAAGGCUUUCGUCAAUUGAAUCAUCCUCUGCAGAAUGCGAUUGGAAUCACAAACGAAGUCAUAACGCUCGUCGACCAGAGCGGGGACGGUACUAUACAGUAUCCCGAGUUCUUGCAGUUUGUGGAAAGAACAGAAGAUCAUCUAUGGGCCCUCUUCCAAAGCGUCGACAAAGAUCACAACGGCCGUCUAGACAGAGCAGAUGUAGCCGCCGCUCUUCAAAGCUCAGGCCUUUCAGUCUCCGCCGACCGGUUAGAUCAGUUCUUCAAGUCAAUGGAUCAAAAUAAUGACAACGCAAUUACGUACAAUGAAUGGCGCGACUUUCUCCUGUUCAUCCCGGUCGACAAUAUCAGUAUCCGCGCGGCCUACCGGUAUUUUAUCGAUAGUUAUCCGAUUACUUCAGAUGGCGACGUAUUUCUGAGCGACGAAACGCUGAGUGGCAUAGGAUAUUUCCUUGCAGGCGGUGUAGCGGGCGCCAUCUCGCGAACGGCGACGGCACCUUUUGACAGAUUGAAAGUGUAUCUUAUAGCUCAAACGGGCCAAGCUCCCCUAGCUACAAAAGUAGCAGCUCAGGGCGUCGCAGCCGAGAUAGCAUCGAAAGCGGUUCCGAAAAAUGCUCUGGCAGAAGCUGUUCGCACUCUAUGGCGACACGGUGGCAUUCCAAACUUUUUUGUCGGAAACGGGCUGAAUAUUGUGAAGGUUUUCCCAGAAUCGGCGAUAAAGUUUGGAUCAUUUGAAGCGUCAAAAAGAUUGUUUGCCGAGCUUGAAGGUACGACAGUUAAUAAUAUGUCUGGAAUAUCUUCAUUCAUAGCUGGCGGUAUUGGUGGCGCGGUUUCGCAGUUUGCAGUCUACCCUCUAGACACUCUUAAGUUCCGUGUGCAAUGCGAAGCGGAAUCGAGUGACUUGCGAGGCAACAAACUGAUGGUAAAGACAGCCAAAGAUAUGUGGCGAUCCGGCGGCUUGCUGGGAUACUAUAGAGGCAUCAUUCUCGGAAUCGGUGGCAUUUUCCCAUACGCGGCGCUCGACCUCGGCACAUUCGAAGCUAUGAAGAGGGCCUAUAUAAAAACUACGGCGAAGAAGGAAGGAAUUGAUGAGGAGAAUGUGAAGAUAAGUAAUCUGGCGGUUCUUACGAUGGGUGCGCUUAGUGGAAGUGUGGGUGCUUCUGUCGUGUACCCUAUCAAUCUGCUACGGACACGACUGCAGGCGCAGGGAACAGCUGCGCACCCUCAAACAUAUACAGGAAUGAGAGACGUCCUUCAAAAAACGAUUCGAAAUGAGGGUUACCACGCUUUGUUCCGGGGUCUAGUGCCAAACUUGCUGAAAGUUGCUCCGGCGGUCAGCAUCAGCUACCUGGUAUAUGAGAACUGUAAAGCAUUGUUUGGAUUGAAAUGAUAGGUUGGCUUGGGUUUCAUUGUGCGUGCCGUUUGUCGUUGGUUUUCUGUAAUCGAUAGACGGAAGGAA